AUGUUUUCUUUAUUUAUUGUCCUAUCUACCAUUUAUAAAAGAAAGUUGGGUGAUGCAGAAGAAGAUGAAUAUAGAACGCAGAUGAAAGCAAUGAAAAUCACCCAAAGCUCAGUUUUUACAAUUGCAGUCGUGAAAAUUCAAAUAUCAAACCGACAAAAAGAGAUUUUAAUGCAGCAAUUACCAAAAGAAUCAACAACUAAACCAGCAACUGAAUCAACAAAAGAAUCAACUACAACUACUACAACUACUACAACAGACUCAAUAUCAGAACCAUCAACAAAAACAAAAACAAACCAACAAAACCAACAGAAUCAACAGCUAUUUUCACCGAGAAUCAAUUAA